CCCAGAGACCAGCAGGCCUGGCUGUCCUUCGGGCCGGCGCUGGAGAGGAGGUGGGUGUCUCCCCCUCCUCACCGUUCCCCCCACGGCGCCCUGGCUGACUGCUCGUGGCCUGGACACUGCAGAAUGGGGCCUGGGACUUCUCGCCUUUGCAAACGCCCCUGAAGCCUGGCACCUCAGACCCUGCUUCCAGCCCCAGCGAGGAUGCUGCCCUCCUGUGGAGGGUCUCCAGGCGCCUAGUCCGACAGCACUGCUGGUCUCCUGUAUGCCCAUCUCUGCCCAGGACCCCCUGCGCUCUGCCUGGUGUCGCUUCACAACACAGCAUCCCAGGCUGCAGCCUUCUGGAUCCCCAAGGACUGUGCUUACGGCCCGGAAGUAGCUGCUGCCUCUGGACAAACUCCCAGGCACUUUCUCCACCCAGGGCAUGAGUACCCGUGAUGCUGUCUCCGCAGCCAAGGUUCUGGCUCCGGUGGCCGUGUACUGUGGGAGUGUCCCUCGGACCAGUGCAGGGCCCCGUGCACUCCCAGGUGGAGGCAGUGACUCCAGGCUGCAGACUUAUGAAGCAGCCUCCCUCCAGCCAGCUCCGAGUGUCCUGCUGGAGAAGCCACUGCAGUUCGUGAGUGGACACGGGGACCCCAGCAGCCUCAAGCUGGAUGCCCCCCUGAAGGGCUGGCAGGCCAGAAAUGGCCACCCCAGGAGCCUUGCGGCCUUGUCUCUGGGCUCCAACCCCCUGGCACCCUUCUCCUCUCUGGAGUCUGAGGCCAACAGCGUGGCCCGGGACACCACCCAGAUCAAGGACAAGCUCAAGAAAAGGAGGCUCUCGGAGGGCUUGGCAGCAUCCUCCCGAGUCUCCUUAGAUCCUGUGGGAGGCCCCAAAGGAGUUCCUCUGAGGAGCGCCAUCCCCCGGGCCACCUCUCAGAGGCUGCUGAGGGCGCCCAGGCCGAUGCCUCCCAUCCAGAGCAUCCCCACCACCCCUGAGGCCGGCGGAGCCAAGGAGAAGGGCCUGGACCCACCUGGGAGCAGUCAGGGUCCCCAGGAGCUGAGACCUGGUGCCCAGGAGGUGCAGAUCUCCAGACAAUACCUGCAUUGCAAUGACGAGAAGAUGCACAAGUCUCUGGGGGGCGUUGUGAUCCCGCCCAUCCCUAAGGCCGCGGUGUNACCCAUCCCUAAGGCCACGGUGUCUUCUGGGGCCUCCUCCUGUACACCCGGCUCCCUUCCCAGCCGCUUGCCCCCAGGCCAGGGUCUCCUCACCGGCCUGAGGGUCCCCCGCACACGAUUGGUUCGGGAGAGUGGGCCUCGGGAGAAGACCCCUAAAUCUCUGGAGCCAAGACCUUCGGCCCUGCCUGUCAGAGACAGGUCUGCCGCCCCCAAGAAGCCUGCCUUGCCUUCAUCUCAGUCCGCUCCUACACUGACAGCCUUCUCCUUCGGCCAGACCAAAGAAGCCCGCCCCUCACUCAAAGAAGAGGACCAGAAGGACAGCAGUACCAAGGUAUCUGGAGAGCGAGGGGAGGAGAAGAUCCAGGUCACCAUCUCCAAGUCUGCCCAAGAGAAGAUGCGGCUGAGGCAGACGAAGGAGAUGGAGUUGCUCCAGAGGGCAAAGGAGCUGGAGAGGGAGAGGGAGCUUGCCUCCCAGAGCCUGGCCUCCCGGAGAGCCCUGAUGAAGGAAGGCCUCCUUCCCCUCCGGGGCAGUGGGACCAUGUCUGUGCCUACGGGGCUGAACAGCCCACGGAGAAACAUGGGUGUCAUCCUGAGGAAGCGGGCCAACCGGGCCUCACUGCCCAGCAUCCCAGUCAGCAAGCAGGAGCCCAGCUUUGCCCGCCAUGCUUCAGCCAACUCGUUACCUGCGGUGCUUACCUUGGGGUCUCCUGAGUGGGAAGAAGAGGAGGAGGAAUUGGAUCCUAGGACCUUUAAGGAGUUGAGGCCUUUCUCGAACCCUGAGCUGGGGCUGAUGGAUGCCCUUCAGUGCCUGGAGAGCAGCGACUGGCAGAUGAAGGAGAAGGGCCUGCUGAGUGUCCAGCGCCUGGCAGUCUGUCAUUCAGAUGUCCUUGCUGGGAGGCUGCACGACGUGUCCUUGGCUGUGACGGGGGAGGUCACCAACCUCCGCUCCAAAGUGUCCCGCCUGGCCAUCAGCACCCUGGGGGCCCUCUUCCGGGCCUUGAAGAAGAACAUGGACCAGGAGGCUGAGGAGAUUGCCCGCUGCCUGCUCCAGAAGAUGGGGAACACCAGCGAGUUCAUUCAGAGAGCUGCCAACCGCUCCCUGGGGGCCAUGGUGGAGAAUGUGACCCCCGCCCGCUCCCUGGUGGCCCUCACCUCAGCUGGCAUCUACCACCGAAAUCCCUUAGUCCGGAAAUGCACUGCCGAGCACCUCUCUGCCGUCCUGGAGCAGAUAGGUGCCGAGAAGCUUCUGUCGGGCACCAGGGACAGCACGGAGAUGCUGGUGCACAACCUGGUGAGGCUGGCCCAGGACUCCAACCAGGACACCAGGUUUUAUGGCCGCAAGAUGGUGAAUAUCUUGAUGUCGAACACGAAGUUUGACACAUUUCUGCAGCAGAGCCUCCCAUCGCACGACCUACGGAAGGUCAUGGCAGCUAUUAAGCAGCGGGGAAUAGAAGAUAGUGACGGACUUCUAUCUGCCAAGGGCUGCAAGGUGUCGAGGAGUCUGGUGCUGUGUGAGAACGGGCUGCCCGGCGAGGAUGGGCUCAGCUGCCACGGGCCUCGGCCGGUGGGGCUACGCUCCUCCGUGCGCGGUGGCCUAGAGGUGGCGGAGCAGCUGCGAGACCUGACGCGGCUGCUGGAGGCCAAGGAGUAUCAGUCUCGGAUGGAAGGCGUGGGGAGGCUUCUGGAGCACUGUAAGGCCAAGCCGGAGCUUAUCACCACCAACCUGGUCCAGGUCUUUGAUGCUUUCACCCCAAGGCUUCAGGAUUCCAACAAGAAAGUGAACCAGUGGGCACUGGAGUCCCUUGCCAAGAUGAUCCCCCUCCUCAAAGAAAGCUUGCACCCCAUGCUGCUCUCCAUCAUCGUUGCUGUUGCAGACAACCUCAACUCCAAGAACCCGGGGAUUUACGCCGCCGCGGUGACCGUGCUGGACGCCAUGAUUGAGAAUCUGGGUGAGUCUCCUGCCUCAGCCCUGUUUGGCUCUGAUGCCUUAGAAGGUGCUAUGUGGUUUUAUGGCCGCAAGAUGGUGAAUAUCUUGAUGUCGAACACGAAGUUUGACACAUUUCUGCAGCAGAGCCUCCCGUCGCAUGACCUACGGAAGGUCAUGGCAGCUAUUAAGCAGCGGGGAAUAGAAGAUAGUGACGGACUUCUAUCUGCCAAGGGCUGCAAGGUGUCGAGGAGUCUGGUGCUGUGUGAGAACGGGCUGCCCGGCGAGGAUGGGCUCAGCUGCCACGGGCCUCGGCCGGUGGGGCUACGCUCCUCCGUGCGCGGUGGCCUAGAGGUGGCGGAGCAGCUGCGAGACCUGACGCGGCUGCUGGAGGCCAAGGAGUAUCAGUCUCGGAUGGAAGGCGUGGGGAGGCUUCUGGAGCACUGUAAGGCCAAGCCGGAGCUUAUCACCACCAACCUGGUCCAGGUCUUUGAUGCUUUCACCCCAAGGCUUCAGGAUUCCAACAAGAAAGUGAACCAGUGGGCACUGGAGUCCCUUGCCAAGAUGAUCCCCCUCCUCAAAGAAAGCUUGCACCCCAUGCUGCUCUCCAUCAUCGUUGCUGUUGCAGACAACCUCAACUCCAAGAACCCGGGGAUUUACGCCGCCGCGGUGACCGUGCUGGACGCCAUGAUUGAGAAUCUGGGUGAGUCUCCUGCCUCAGCCCUGUUUGGCUCUGAUGCCUUAGAAGGUGCUAUGUGGUAUGUCCAGGAUACAGACCGAAGUGCAGGCGUGUGCGGGACGUAG